GCCGCCGCUGCAUCCUCGGCUCCCGCCCCGGAGCCCGAGUCUCCCGCGCCCCCAGCGCAUCCCCUUGCCAUGGCUGCGGUGGCGCUGAUGCCGGCGCUGCUGGUGCUACUCCUGCUGGCAUCGCCGCCCGCCGCCUCCGCGCCGCCCGCUCGCGACCCCUUCGCCCCACAGCUCGGGGACACACAGAACUGCCAGCAGCGGUGUCGCGAGCGCGACCCCGGCCCACGGCCCUUGCAGGCGGGGCUUCCGAGCCCCUCAGAGUCCCCGUAUGACAAGGCGGUGCUGAUCAGCGCUUGUGAGCGUGGCUGCCGUCUCUUCUCCAUCUGCCGAUUCGUGGCCAAGAGCUCCAAGCCCAACGCCACCCAGACUGAAUGCGAAGCAGCCUGUGUGGAAGCCUACGUGAAGGAGACGGAGCAGCGGGCCUGCCGCGAGGGCUGCUGGAGCCAGUCCCCUGAGCCGGAGCAGGAUCUUCAGCUGGAGCAGAAGAGAAAGGUCCUGGAAACUCCUAGUGGGGCCUUAUCCCUCCUGGACUUAUUUUCCACCCUCUGCAAUGACCUUGUCAACUCGGCCCAGGGUUUCGUCUCCUCCACUUGGACAUACUACCUGCAGACUGACAAUGGGAAGGUGGUGGUGUUCCAGACCCAGCCUGUAGUCGAGAGCCUUGGGUUCCAGGGGGGCCAUCUGCAGCGAGUGGAGGUGACCUGGAGGGGAUCUCACCCUGAGGCUUUGGAGGUGCACGUGGACCCGGUGGGCCCCCUGGACAAGGUGAGAAAGGCCAAGAUACGCGUCAAGACCAGCAGCAAGGUCAAGGUGGAGUCUGAAGAGCCGCAGGACAACGAUUUCCUCAGUUGCAUGUCCCGGCGCUCGGGGCUGCCUCGCUGGAUCCUGGCCUGCUGCCUCUUCCUGUCUGUGCUGGUGAUGCUGUGGCUGAGUUGCUCCACCCUGGUGACCGCACCAGGCCAGCACCUCAAGUUCCAGCCCCUGACCCUGGAGCAGCACAAGGGCUUCAUGGUGGAGCCAGACUGGCCCCUCUACCCUCCGCCAUCACACACCUGUGAGGACAGCCCCCCGCCCUACAAGCUGAAGCUGGACCUGACCAAGCUGUAGGCCUCGGUUGGCCCGAGCAUUGCCACGUUCAGAGGCCCUUCUGGCCUCGCUUGCCCUGCGCCUGGGAGUCCAAGGUCAGCGUGGGACCGUCCUUGGGCUUCCCUCCCCCAGUCCCAUCCCUCUCUCCACCAGGUCCUGGGGCACGAUGCCUGGCGGGGUGGGGUGGCCUGGCCCUGUUCCUCCAUCCUGCUUCUUUGGGGUCUGCUCUUCUUGUCCUUCAUCGUGUGGCUUUCUGAGUAUUUGAACCCGUUUUGUGUCACCUUUCUUCUUUCUCUCUCCCCUCUCUGGGGGGCUGAGGGCUAAGGGGAGCCACUUCCUAUCAGGGCUUCUCCCUUCUUCCCCUCCCUAGAGACCCAGCCCCCCAGGAGAGGGAGGGAGGACGUGGAGAGGGCUGACUGGGGCUGGAGAGGAAUAAACCAUGUAUAUAAAGGA